AUGUCGGAUGCGCCGUUCUCAUUUGGGAACAAAUUCUGGGUCUCACUCAACUUGAAAGUGACCAGAAUUGCCAACCCGGCCGACAUCCCAUCAUUCAAAAGUCUUCGCAAAUUUCUCGGUCUUUUCCACGCAUCGCAACUCGUCUGCCAACAUUUUAUAGAUAUUGUGCAGGACGAUCCAGAUGGAUGCGGCCAUUUCGUAACACAUCCAAUGAUCCGUUCACUGGAUUCCGUUCAUAUGCGCUUCUACCUUGGUGUUCUUGCCCCGUUCCGUCAUAUUCGAGCCAAGAAGAUGCUUCUUGACGUCCAAUUCCAGGCUCAAAUCUUCAAAUGGAACUUUAUUGGGGAAUUCUUGGAGCACAAAAUCAGGAAUUGGCUGCGAGGAGAGCAGGAGAUUGAUCGAAUCCAUAUAAUCACAGCCCCGGCCAGCAACGCCGAGCAUAACCUCAACACUCUUGUAGCCCGUGUUUCACGGCUUAUGCCUGACGAAUUAGGAUGGAUAGAUCGGACGUAUCAAGGGAUGGAACUGAUUGUAAGGGCCACUGAUGGGCAAGCGUUGAUUGUCUUUUUUGACAAGCCCGAUCUCUCCAUCUAUCUGAUCCGAUGCCAAUACAACUUCAGACGUGGCCGCUGUCUCGGCAGCUAUGAACGAAAUCAGAAAUCGCUCGCUCGAAUUCGCCAAUUAAUGUGCAUCUAUGCAAAGUUGAACGAGGAAAAGCCACUACUCGCCGUCGAUGCGAAGGAGAAGCUGAGGGAGGAAUGCUGCAAUUUCAACAAGUACAACAACGGCGCAACGACCGUUGAUUUGGCGACUGAUGCGAUCUGGCGACCUGCAGGCAAACGGAGAUCACCAUGGGGCGUUUCUAGAGGACAUAUUAUGCGCGGUACAUUUCCGAUGGAUCGAUCCCUUCGCCAUGCCUACCAAUUCACGAAAGCAUUCGAAGAGAGAGAUAAACUCAAGGUUACACAAUUCGUCGAUAGCUUGUUUGAGGAAAAGAUGCUGGCCUGGCCGAGGGAUGGCAUCGCAUUCUUGAACACACGACUGAUACGUUCGCUGGAGCGGAUGUAUUUGGUGGUGGACGUGCAUCAUUUGCAACAUUUGCACCGGAUCCGAGCAAACGAGAUUAGUAUCACGAUCCCUAUGUUUCCUUUCCCAAUGAUACGACGGCUUCCGGCAAUCGACAUCCUCUUCGCAAAGCUUGGUGGAUGGCUGGCCGGGACCGACGAAAUCGACAAGUUCCAGAUCGGCUGGGAACGCACGGGCUGGCCGGAUGGAACGUUUGAACCUUUCAUCUCUACACUGAAAUUGGAUCCUGCUUUGGCACAUAUCGACCGAACAUAUGAGGGAAUGACGCUGAUUCUAAGGGCUAGUGAUGGACAAGCAUUGAUCGCCUAUUUUGAAGAACAUGAUGAUUACUUCAAUCUGAUAAGCAGCGAGUAUAAUUUUCGACGAGGUCGUUGCCUUGGAAGUUAUCAACGCAAUGCGCUGGCCCUUGCCCGUAUCUCAAAGCUAAUGGCGCUCUCGAUGACCCUGGCAGAGAAAAGUCCGGCAUUGGCUGAUGAUGCGAAAAAGAAGCUGAGGGAGGAAUGCAUCAACUUCAACAAGUACAACGAGAACGUUUCAGAGAGGGAUUUACUCAUCGAUUCGAUCUGGCGUUCGAAGGCGGAACGUCGCUGUCCGUGGGGAAAGUUUGGAGACAAUGUUUUUCUUGAUAUGACAUAUCCGGUAGACAAGAACCUCGAGCAUGCCUACAAAUUCACGAAACUCUUCGAAGAGACUGGUGUACUACCAGAAGUCGAUCAUUUCCAGCCAGUAUCUGAACGAUGGAUCGAUCGGACGUAUCAAGGGAUGGAACUCAUUCUAAGGGCCACUGAUGGACAAGCAUUGAUCGUCUACUUUGACACGGUGGAUCUUUCGAUCUAUUUGCUGCGCUGCGAUUACAACUUUAGACGUGGCCGUUGUCUCGGAAGCUAUGAACGAAAUGGGAAGGCACUCGCACGAAUUCGUCAGUUGAUGUGCAUCUAUGCAAAGUUGAACGAGGAAAAGCCGCUGCUCGCCGCCGAUGCGAAGGAGAAGCUGAUGGAGGAAUGCAUCAACUUCAACAAGUACAACAACGGCGCAACGACGGUUGAUCUACUUACCGAUUCGAUCUGGCGGCCGGCAGGGAAACGACGAUCACCAUGGGGAGUUUAUGGAGGACAUCUUAUGGGUGGUGCCUAUCCGGUACUGGUUGACAAGGUGGCGGUUACUCUGAAGACCGAAAUGGGAUGGAUCGACCGGACAUAUGAGGGAAUGGAACUCAUUCUAAGGGCCAGUGAUGGACAAGCGCUGUUGGUCUUUUGGGACGACGCCCAUGGAUAUUUCUACCUGAUACGAUGCGAAUAUAAUUUCAGACGGGGUCGAUGCCUCGGAAGUUAUGAGAGAAAUGAGGAGUCCAUCCGCAAGAUUUGUGAUUUGAUGCGGAUCUCUUUACAACUCGCCACACUUCGCCCAGCGCUAGCUGAAGAUGCGAAGGAGAAGCUGAAAGAGGAAUGCAUCAGGUUCACCGAGUACAACAAAGGCGCCACAACCGUCGAUUUGAUGAUCGAUUGCAUCUGGCGUCCGAAAGGCGAUCGUCGAUCGCCGUGGGUAUUGAUUGACGGCAAAAUCCUCCAUGAUAAUUUCAAUCCCAUGAACUUUGCCGUUCUGCAUGCCUACCGAUUCGUGAGAGCCUUCGGGGAAACCGGUGUGCUUCCCGAGAUCCACCAAUUCCAGCCCCUCGACCGC